AUGACAAUCGAUAAUAAGAACAAACAGGUCGAACUAGACCCAGGCCAAGCGGACACUAAAUGGAUUCGCUCUUCUUAUUGUCUGAAAGUGACACGAUCCUCAGAACUGAAGAAGACGGCCUCAGUGACUUUACUUACCUUUGGCAGCAAGGACAAACUAUUUGAAAGAUUUGAGAUUGCCUCGCAGUGCAUGUCUUAUGAGGAAAUCCUCAAGCACCCUUAUUCUCUAUUGAAUGUUGUGUUUGAAGUUCUACACGAAGAAAUAGAUGCUUUCGCCUGGAAGGUUGCAGAUCUUUACGCCCCUGCAGAAAAGCAAGUAAUAGAAAUGGCCCAAAAUGACUCAGGGUUGGCUACCGACGAUCUGAAUUUCCCUAGCAUGCACCGUAUCCAACGAUAUCAAAUUUACCUACUCGAGGCCGUUGAAGCGCUUACAGAAACGCUGAGCGCGGCCUCGUAUCAUUAUAAGCAAGUACUUCCACAUUCCUCUGUGGAUUCAAUGAGUUCAACACUUGCUGGACUACGAUAUGCAAAUAUACUUCUGAGAUCCACCGAAUUGCGUCUCCGGAGUCUGGAAAAGCGGACUCAAUCGAUCAUUAAUCUGGCCUUUAACCUGGUCACUCAGGCUGACUCAAAAGUCAUGAAAGGUGACUCCAAGGUCAUGAGAGGGGACAGCCAAGCAAUGAAGAAUAUUGCGAUUCUGACCAUGGUGUUUUUGCCUUGUACGGCUGCGACAACGCAGAGCUUCUUUAGUACCCCAUUCUUCUACCUCGAGAAUGAUUCAAACCUACUGGAAGUUUCACCACAUUUCUGGAUUCUCUGGGCCAUCACCAUUCCGCUGACUGUGGUGACUAUUCUGACCUUUGUUCUAUGGUCAGAAAGAAGGCUCCUCGAAAAGUUCAUCAACGGACGAAUUGAGCGAUGGAAAGCGAGGAAGAAGAAUAGGCGAUUGGGAUCAAAGGAAGGAAAAUUGCCAUCAAUGAUGGACAGCCUACCAAAAGUGUAG